CAAACCAGUCUGGGAUGCCAUGAUAAAAGAAAGCAGAUAGAGGAGAAGGGUUUCGGAGGGGAGCUCCUGAUCAGGCACCUUGCCUGGCUGUAACGCCUGUCCAGGGGCACUCCGAGCCCCUCACAGUGAAGCCGGGCGUCAGCCACCCGCGCCCGGCAGUGCGUUUGCUCGCCUGCGGCCCGAGGCCGGCUGUGUCCAACCUUGUGCUGCCGGCAGGCGGGGCGUCAGCGCGGGCGGGCCGGGGCGGUGUUUUGGGCCUAGGCCGAGGCCCGCCCCGCCCCGCCGGCUUUAAAAUGGCAUCGGCCGGUGGGGGCCGCAGAUUGCGCAGGCAUGGCGGGAGGUUGGAUGUUAGUUUCGCUCUUGGCCGUGGCACUGGUGUUCACCGGCGCCGUGCGGGGCGGCGAGGACCGCCCGCGGCUGGUGGGCGCCCCGCUGGACAUCGCUAAUGCCGACAACGACGAGGGCCUGCAGCGGGCCCUGCAGUUCGCCAUGACGGAGUACAACAGGGCCAGCAACGACAUGUACUCCAGCCGGGUGGUGCGGGUCAUCAGCGCCAAGAGGCAGAUUGUGUCUGGAAUCAAGUACAUAAUGGAGGUGGAGAUUGGUCGGACAACUUGCCCGAAGCCAGCCACUGAUCUCCAGAGCUGUGCUCUCCAUGAUGCGCCGCAGAUGACUAAGCGCACCACUUGCAACUUCGUAGUGUACACUGUUCCUUGGCUAAACCAAAUUAAACUACUGGACAGUAGCUGCCAAUAAACCUACCUUGUUCCAGCAGAGACCAGCAACCAGUUGCUCAGAUCUAAAAGAAAAAAAGGCAAUAACACAAACUGAGAUGGGCUCUGUCAAUGCCUGUUAACUCUACUUAUGUAUGCUUGUGCUACGCACGUUAAACUAGGUAACUUUCCUUUAAAGCACAGUAUGAUCUCAACUCUUUAUUCUUUGUAAUUACAUUCUAGGGCAGCUGUUUUGGUCUUUCUACAGCUUUCCCAAUGAAGUAACUCCAACAUCAGAGUUCUGAUUAAAAACACCCUUGGUAUCCCUGUUAGAGUGACUACUGUAAACAUAAAAAAAUAAUUCAUAAUGGC